AUCAAGUCAUACCCUCAAUCGUCAAUUCCCAAUUCACAAUCUUGACCCUCCACCAUGUGUUGCGGGCAGCAGCGAUCCUUAUCCAGAGACAUCUUCAGCGCACCGCCGUCACGCCGUUCCGGCGGCCACAACGGAUCGGCGGCGGUGGACGAUCUGCGGGAUCGGUUGGCGGAGACGGAGGCUCGUCUUGCCCGUGCCAGGGCUCGGGAAGCGGAGCUGAGCCGCCAGCUGGAGCAGAUGAAGCGCUUCGUCUCCGUCAUGGAGAUACUCGAAAACUACCUCAGGCGACGCUUCCGUGAGCAGCAGCAACACGUCGAGCGCCUCUUCUCUCCUUCACCUUCCGCUUCUGCAUUCUAGAACAAAAACCCUAAGAUCAAGAUGUCUAUAUCCUAUUACAAAAUUGUGUUCCUUUCUUCAAUUUGUAAUCGAAAAAGAAAAAUUGUUGUACAAAUGCUUGUUGCAAUCUUCAUCGUGUUGAUAAUCCAGCUCUCAGGAUGUUUCAUGUAUUGGCAAUCUCUUCGUUUCCUUAGUUUUAGAUUGUAUUGAAUUUCGUAAUUUGAAAGUUAGCAAUUCGGCGAAUUUCAGUCCGAAAUUGAAACUAAAUUGUAAUUGCUGUGUUUGAAUUUGAGUUGGAGUUGGAUCACUAGAAGAAAGAUAUCAACGGGAUUUGGUGUGUCA